AUGGAUUUUUUCACUGGAAUCAUAGAAUCUGCAACACUGGUAAGUUUUCAACACUAUUAAUACUCUGACACUUAGAGACCUUUACUGUAUUUACGUUAUCCUAAUUUAGAUCUUUACUUUGAUUCAAAAGGUAUAUCGCAAGAAGUUUAUCAGGCAGCUGUUUGACAUGGAAAAGAAAUUGACUGGCAGUGUGCAUCCGGACUCCUACACCGAUCCUUCCAGCUACCUGGAAUCAGGAGCUCUAGAGCUUACCUUCAUUGACCCUGAAGAAUCCCACCCUGAUGCGAAGAUUACACAAACUGAGAACCCCAAAGAAUCCCAGCCUGAUGUGGAGAACCAGUACAGUAAUGAUCACGAAGAAUCCUCCCUUCAUGACCCCACUCCAGCUGAGACGUUGUCUUCCUUUGCCGUGACCUACGAGAUCGUGGAGAACAGUUCCAAAAGAGGCCGGCCAAAGAUGAUAGACAGCCAGGGGUACCGCUACACCCUACAGAGAAGGCGAGGCUUAGUCACUGACUGGCAGUGUUCCAUCUGCCCCAAGGUCAACCCAUGUAGGGCCCCUGUUAGA